AUGCCGCUCUGUGGUGGGACAAAGACCGUCCAGCGAAAGCUGGUUCUCUUGUGAGAUUCGCGCAAUACACAACACGAGAUGAAGGCAUACGGAAAUGGCUAACGGAAAUGCGAUGGCAGAGGUGACGGUGCCUGCGGAAAGACAUCGCUGCUCAAUGUCUUUACGCGUGGCUACUUUCCGACCGUGUAGUACGACAGUCUCUUUCGGCAGCACUGAUCGACUUGUUGACUGACUUGGAUUGCGAUUCUAGCGAACCUACCGUCUUCGAAAAUUACGUCCACGACAUCUUCAUCGACAACGUGCAUGUUGAACUCUCGCUGUGGGACACUGCCGGACAGGAAGAAUUCGACCGCCUGCGAUCGCUUUCCUACGAUGACACGCACGCGAUCAUGCUCUGCUUCAGCGUCGACUCUACCGACUCGCUCGAGAACGUGGAAAGUAAAUGGGUUGGUGAGAUCGCGGAGAACUGCCCCGGCGUACGGCUAGUCCUCGUCGCGCUGAAGUGCGAUCUAAGAGAGCAGAACAAGGACGACGACGAGGAGGGUGCCGCGAGCCAUGAACCUAAGCGGCCGAUGAUCGAUUACAAGCAGGGACUUGCCGUGGCGGAGAAGAUCAAGGCAUUGCGAUAUCUCGGUGAGUAGCUCCUUCAUGCUGCGUGCACAAGACAGCGUGAGACUGACCGUCGGGUUCAAAGAGUGCUCCGCCAUGAAGAACCGCGGCGUCAACGAAGCCUUCACCGAAGCUGCGCGCGUGGCACUACAAGUCAAAAACGUCAAGGGCGACAAGUCCGGCGAUGCAUGCUGUAACGUCAUGUGA